AUGAUCACACGCAGCAAAAAGAGCAAAACCAGCGUGAACGCCAAUCCACAAACCUCAAAAGAGGAAGCAAACUUUGAUGUAAUCCCUGUGGACCUGGUGAGGGAGGUUAUGGGGAGACUGCCUGCGAAAUCCGUAGCUAGGUUUCUUCUAGUGUCCAAGUUAUGGGAAAAGAUCAUCCGAAGUAGAGACUUCAUCACGUCCUUCCCGUUUAGGUCGUGUUCUUCGUCCCAGCCUCGACUCCUAAUAGCUUUCGGUGGUUUAGACAGUCCAGAAGGACGUUUUGGACGUCACGAUGCUAGGAGAUGGGAUCCAAGAAUGCAAAACUGGAACUUCUUCUCGUCGACUUUGUCAUCAUCCAAUUUUCUGUCGCGUUCGAAUGUGACAUGUCCGCUCCCAAACCCUGAGGAAAUAGAGUACCAUUCGCAUUAUGUUAAUGGCUUACUAAGCUUCGGAUAUGGUCAACAACAGUUCAUAGUUAACCCUACAACCGGUAAGUCCAUAGCUUUACCUAGAGUCAAAACCAGGAGAAGGUUUGCAAAAAGUUUCUUCGGAUAUGAUCCAGUUAAUGAUGAGUAUAAAGUAUUGUGCAUGACUGAAAAACUGCAUGGUCUUCCUAAAAAGCCAUCGUCUCAACAUCAAAUAUACAAUUUGGGCGGCGAUAUAGAAAAACAAAAACAAAAAGCAUGGAGAUUGAUAGAAUGUAGCCUUCCUCACCGUCCUUGCUCUAACGGUGUGUGCAUAGAUGGUGUUGUUUAUUAUCUUUCCAAGACGGGCAAUGAUUUGUCGCAAGUUAGCUUAAUGAGUUUUGACUUGAGGUCUGAAAAGUUUGGUCUUGUUACUGGAGUACCCGCAAACACAGGCAUUGUAGUUUACACCAGCUGGAAGACCCUUUUUGUUUUAACCUACGAGGGGAAAGUAGCAAUACCCAUCCAAGCUUCAUAUGCAUAUGAAUUUGAUGUGUGGAUUAUGGAUCCGAAUGAUGAAAAACAUGAAUGGACGUUAAUGAAAAUAUCUUUGGGUAUUGAAACUUGGAAAAUUUUAUUUCAAUAUAAUCAGAUGAUACGCAUCAGAGGCAUUACUCAGACGGGUGAGUUUAUUUUGACACCAACGUCCUACAAAUCUGAUGAUGUUUAUGUUGUCUAUUACAACCCCAACACGGAUACCCUUAGAAAAAUUAAGGUUGAAGUGAACACAGACAAUGACUUUAGGUGUCCUUGUCCGCGAGGAAUUGUUUUUUCGGGUUACGUUGAGAGUCUUUGGUUUUUGUAA